AUGCACAACCCAGCAGCUGUUGCAGCAGCCUCGCGGGCAUACCCCACCGACCCCAUGGUGCAACAAAUACAGCAACAGUAUGAGGCCCAGCAGAACUACAACUACAACGCUCAGGCACAAAACACACAGAACACACAGAACACACAGACACAGACACCGGGCCAGACAACCACAGACCCCACGACAAAACGGUUGUCCCAGACAUCGACGUCGUCCAACAAGAAGACAAAAACGCACAUUGGUCCUUGGCGACUGGGCCGAACCCUUGGACGAGGCUCCUCGGGACGUGUCCGACUAGCACGACACUCGCACACCGGCCAGCUUGCGGCCGUGAAGAUUGUACCCAAGGCAGUGGUGGCCGACGCCGUCAAUGCGGCCAACGGAGAGGAGCAUGGCGCCACGGGGCUACCUUACGGUAUUGAGCGGGAGGUGAUCAUCAUGAAAUUGAUUGAACAUGCCAAUGUGAUGGCACUGUACGAUGUGUGGGAGAACAAGGGAGAAUUAUAUCUCGUUUUGGAAUACAUUGAGGGCGGCGAGCUGUUUGAUUACCUCAUCAAAAAGGGCCGCCUGGAGGAAUAUGAGGCCGCCUCGUACUUUUUGCAAAUCAUCAAUGGAGUCGACUACUGCCACAGAUUCAACAUUUGCCACCGAGAUCUCAAGCCCGAGAACCUGCUGCUAGACAAGAACCGCAACAUCAAGAUUGCCGACUUUGGAAUGGCCGCUCUGGAGACAGACCGGAUGCUGGAAACCAGUUGUGGAUCGCCUCACUACGCCUCUCCCGAAAUUGUCGCCGGUAAGACAUAUCACGGAGCCCCCUCGGAUAUCUGGUCGUGCGGUAUCAUUCUUUUCGCGCUUCUGACCGGUCAUCUGCCUUUUGACGAUGACAACAUUCGAAGAUUGCUGCUCAAGGUGCAGACCGGCAAGUUCAAUAUGCCGUCAGAGCUGAGUCCAUACGCCAAGGAUCUCAUUUGGCGAAUGCUACGAACAGAUCCUACCACUCGAAUCACCAUGGACGAGAUCUUCCAGCAUCCCUUCGUGCGCAAGUACAGCGGAGGUGUGACACCCACUCACAUCCAUGCUCCUUCUUACGAGCAUGUGGCCCGUCCUGUGGCUUCGGUGCAGGACAUUGAUAUAGAGAUUCUCAAGAACCUACAGAUUCUGUGGCACGGCGAAGACGCCGAGAUCAUCAUGCAGAAGCUGCUGUCUCCCGAUGCUAACCCGGAGAAGACCUUUUACUGUCUGCUGAUGAAGUACCGACAUGAUCAUGCUGCCGCUGUGGCUGCCACUGCUCCUCCCACGUUGCAACAGCAACAGAGCCAGGAGAUGCAGCCUGCCAUGCACAAGUCCCAUAGCCACUCGUCUCGCAAGCAACACAAGCGCAAGACAAGCCACAACAGCCAUCGACUUGGCUCUCGGGGUUCGCUGGUGUCUGUUUCUUCGGCCCACAAGCGAGGUGUUUCUUUCACCCAUGUCAAGAAGCGAUCUCAGCAGAGCAUCCGAAGCAUGCGAGGAAGUGCCAGCAACUCCGUCGUCGCUUCUCCUAGAAAACAGACUGCCUCCGCACCUGUUUCGGCUGGUACUGCACCCAUUCCUUUCAACGUCAACGUUCCUUACACAGAGGCACCUGCUACUGCACCCGCAGCUCCUACAACCGCAGCCGCUACAUCCACAGCCACUAGAGCACCAGCACAGCCACUGGCACCAACACAAGCGGUUCAGUCACCACCACGACAAUCACAGCCUGUCCAUCAACAGCCGCCAACAUCACGACGGGCUCCCAUCUCGUCAGCUCCCUCGUGGCUUACACGGUCGCCUCCUGCCAGCAAGGAUGCCGACUUUGAAGCCUUCCUUGACUCUGCCUUCAACAAGCCCGUCAAGACGAAGAAGAGCUACGGCAGUCUGCUUGGUUCUCCCGUUGACGCUCGACGCCAUGUGACUGACCCUGCUAACACGUCCAUCGCCUCUCGAACCGCAGCUGGCGCAACCGCUGCGAACACAUCCAAGCGAGCAGUAACCAUGGCAUACAACGAUGAGUUUGAGUUCGAACGGCCCAUGUCAUUGUUUGAUCCUCGAGAGGUAGGAGGAGACACUGGCCGUGCCCAGCAGCCCAGCGUAUCUCGCGCUCAAACCAUUUCUCACACUCACACCCACUCGCGAGAGCGUGUGGCCAACGCUCAUUCUGAUACCCCCAACUACCUGCCCAUGAUUUUCGAGGAGGGCGACCGGUUCGCAGAUGCCAUCGAGGAGGAGUUCCAUCUCAACAUUUCCGACAACACUCUUUCUGCCCCCUCCACGAACCACACAACUCCUAUGCUUGGGGGCGAUCGAAAGUCGAGUGAGUGGGAGAACCUGUUUGAUUUCACUGAGCGAGGGGACCAGGUUGUUGUGGGCGAGGACUCUCUGCUGGACAUUUCUUUCCACCGAGACAAUGCCAAUGAGGCCACUCCUGUGGCUCCUGCUGCUACCCAUGUUGGUCGGGAGUCCACAGAGCUUUACAAGGAUCUUCAAUUCCCCGAAAUCCCUGUUGUGGACCGAGAUGAGACUGCCGUGGAGUCUAUGCCUCGAACCCAGUCCAAGAUGAAGAUCUCGGGCCAGAUGCAGACAGACAACUUCAUGAAGCGACCUUCGUCCAUCAACCUCAACGGUCAUCUCAGCCAGAGCAACCUAUCGCGACAGACGACUUCUGCUUCCCAGCGACGUCCUCUCGUGUCUCGUGAUAUGAAUACCCAUGCUGCUUCCCCUCGAGAGGCCGCCAAGCCUGUUAGACAGUUGCAGGCAGCUGCUGAACUGCACGAACGACGACCUGUUGAGGUUCUACAGAAACAGCAACCGCAACAGCAGCAGCAGCAUCAUCAUCAGCAGCAGCAGCAGACUCAGCAUCAGUUGCAGCCCGCACCUGUCUUCCGAGAGAAGCCUGUGGUGUCUGCUCCACGACGGCCUGCACCUGCUCCCCCCGUGCAGAGUGUGGCCGACACCAUGGUUCUUCCUAUGCACCAGCAGCAGCAGAACAACUCGCAGUUUACCAUUCCUGCUCCUGUGCAGACUCAGCCACCCCAGUCAAAGUCCAGCCGAACGAAGUCAUUCAUCCGACGGUUUGGAUUUGCACCCAAGCGUGAGGCUCCAGUUGCUCCCACUUCUAAGGUGACCAUGAUCCAAUCUAGCGACUAUGGUGCUGCUCCUGGUGUGAAUGCCAACGCCCACAUGAAUGCACAGAAAGAUCCAGCUGCACCUGCAGCUCAUGCAGCAGCUCAUGCAGCUCACACGUCCGGUACUGCUCCUGCUACUGGCGACCCUUGGAACGUCACUCAAUCGUGGUUCAUGAAGAUGUUCUCGCGACCCAACGUCGCCCCCCGGCAACCUCCUCAAACCCUCUACUCCACUCUCACCAGCCAGCAGCUGGAAGACGAGAUUGUGGCUCUGCUUGCAUCGUGGCGCAAGUAUGGUAUUUCCAAUCUGUCUGUGUCACACUCUUCCAUUAAGUGUCAGAUCAGCUCGCGAAAUGCUCUGAAAAUCAAAUCGGCAAAAUUGCAUAUCGACAUUGGUCCCCUCAAACACACCAAUAGUUUUGCUCACUUUUUCCACGAUCGAGGCUCGCAGGGCUCGUUUACUCAGCUCUAUGACCAGAUCAAGGCGCACCUUGUUUCUCAAGGUCUGCUCAUUAAUAACUAA